AUGUUCGCCCAGUCAUUCUUAUCGACGUAUUCGCCUGAUGAUGAGACGAAGCAGAUGGAACCUAGAGUCUCUCGAUCUUUGACUUCCAGCUUCCAACCUCAACUUCAAGCACACAUCUUUGAUAAAGGAAAGGAGAAGGUUCAGGUUGAUUUUACAAUCUUUGAUAAACCGGGUCUUGAAAAAACUCACCUUUACUCUCAAUUUGAAUGGUCUAUCAAGAUGGACACCUUUCCAUCACCCAACCUUACUCGGAACAAAAUCCGGGAACCCGCCGGUACACUCCCGAGCUACAUCUACCAAACUUACACCUCCCCGGCUGCGAACCCGAUGAUGUCCCGUCCCCUAACAACGGCAGCAGAUACAAAGAAACAAAGAGCGACCAAAGCAAAAACAGAAAAGCAGCCAACCCCGAAACCCCAGAUCUACCCCGAGCCAUCUCAUCCGAAGCCCCCUUCUUCACCAUGCGUCAGCCCGCAAACGAACAAUCCCGGACUCCACACGAAGUAUCGCCGAGAAACACCAUCCCGCUUCUUCCCCGCGUUUUCCUCUACCCCGGCACGCCCCGGGUUCCUCCACCUCAUCCGCGGUUUUGAGCUACAGCCUGAAACCGAAGCGGUGCAGAACCGAUACAUGUUGGCAGAGAGGAGGACGGGGGUUCGCAUGCGGCAUCCGCACCAAUCCGCGCCAGGCUCCAGUAACUAG